CAAGUUAUUUCUUUAUUUUCAUUAGAUCCAAUCAAAUUAUCGGACGUUUGGUAGGUGCCAAAUUGUAACUCCUAACCCGACAUUGUCUCAGUGAAUUAUUGUGGCUUUCGUUUUCCAACUGACGUUAGCGUUUACAACUCGACAAAAGAAAGACCAACGGCAACUGGUUGUCUCUGGACCUUGUUGUGUAGCCUUUGUUUCAACGGAGGAAAGUCUACAUUUUGCUUGAUAUUUCGGAUAUAGAGCCAACUUGGGCUCGUUGCUAUUCAACGUCUGGCUGGUGAGAUGAAUAGCAUCUAGCUUCGAAAAUGAAAACUGAAGUCUCAACAGCGGCCAGUUUUGUUGCCAGAUUGCUGAGAGCAACUGGAUACUUGUCAGAAGACUUACUGAAAGAGUUCACCCAUUCUUUGGAGGAAGCUUUAGGAGAGCACUACCAACACCACUGGUUCCCCCAGGCUCCAUGCAAAGGCUCGGGGUACAGAUGUCUCAGGAUCAACCACAAAAUGGAUCCCUUGAUUGGCCAAGCAGCUUGCACCAUUGGACUCACUCGAGAACAACUCUUCUCACUCCUGCCCAGUGAACUGACGAUGUGGGUCGAUCCGUACGAGGUGUCCUAUCGGAUAGGAGAGGAUGGCUCCAUCUGCGUCCUCUACGAGUCCACUCCACCAGUGCCAACUAAUGCCAACACAACAGACAUGGUCAGCUGCAAGGAAGUACUGAGAUUUGGAAGGCCAAGCCCCUCCAAUUCUUUCAUGAUGACCGUCUCAAGCUAAUAUUUUUUUAUGUUCAGAGCUUUCUCUGUGCACUUCUGUAUCAGUUCUGCCCCACAUUUUGAUGUAAUUAAUUAAGACAUUAAAAGGGAUUCUUAGGGAUUUUGCCAAUAAGGCCCUUUUUCUACUUCCCUAGUGUCAGAUUAACUUGUGGAUACCAUUUCUAUAUAUCUGUCAGGUAUGAAGGAAGUUAAAGCUAGUUUUGUAAGCCAAUGCUAGCUAGUGUUGGCACAAUGACUGGAAGUUUAUGGGUAUCUGUUAGCACGCAAGCAGAUACCAUAGACUUCCAGUCGUUAGCAACUUCCUUCAAACUGCAUGCAGAGACAUAAAUGGUACCCACGAUAUCAUCUUACUCUGGGGAAGUAGAUAAAGGGCUUCAUGGCCAAAACCCCAAAGUAUCCCUUUAAAGAUUUUAGUAUUACUGCCACACCCUGUUUGUUUGUUGUGACUCAUGAAAAUGAUCAAUUGUUUUCCAUGAGUUCCAUGAUCUGUAACUUAAGUACUGUCCUGAAGCAAAACUUGUAUAGAUUUAUAUUACAAUUAGUUGUAUUUGUAAUAAAUUCCUCAAAAGCAA